GCCAGACACGAGACGGACCGGACGCGGGAGCACAGCAGCUCGCUGAUUUGGUGAGAUAAAAAUGAGGAAACCUCCCCGCAGGAUGCAGGUUACUCUCAAUCCUUUGACUACGAGGAAGAUACAUUUUAGGUUAUCUUCCCCUGGGCAUAAAUCUACCAGCAUCUGAUACUGAACGUUUUGUGCUUGUGCUCCCAUGGCUCCAAUGACACAGCAGUUUUGUACAGGAAAUGUCGCACUACAGCGGGCACCUAGUCCAUGUCUAAAUCGAUGUCCGGAGUACAACGCCUUGGCCGAGCAGUACCAGAGGGAACGGAGGUUCUUUUGGCCGUCGGGAAAAUGGCAACCGAUACGGCGGCCACCGAGUUCUUCGGGUUGCAGUGAGUGGGGAUCUUGCAUUAAGUUAAGUUUCCUCUGCAUUGGGACGCCAAGGCGUCUGUUCCGUUUGCUAUACUGCUUAUAUAUUUACCUUCAGAACCGUAAAGGAAGGAGACUAAUGUUCUGAAUUAUACCUUACGUGCAGCUGGAGUUGAACUUAUCUACGUGUUAAAGAGAAAUACUUGAUGGGUAGCGGAAAUUGGAAAUUAUGUGAAUUUUCCUAUUGCGCUUGCCCAGGUGACCUAUUUAAAAGAAAUUUAUUUCACCUUUAUUAUUCAAGUGCCCUUUUUUAAAUGAAACUGAUUUUACCUUUUAUUACUGAAGUGGUCACAGCUAGUAUAGAAGUUAUGAGAAGUUCUUGUUUGCAAGUAAUUCAAUCAGAAAGGUUUUGUCUAAUGUAUUUUUCUGACUUGUGUAUCCUGUUCAAAAGAAACUUAUUUCACCUUUAUUAUUCAUGUGCCCUUGUUAAAUGAAACUGAUUUUACCUUUUAUUAUUGAAGCGCUUACAGUUAGUAUGGAAGUUCUUGUUAGCACCUAAUUCAAUUAGAAAGGUAUUAUGUAAUGUAUUUUUCUGACUUGUGAAUAAGAAACACUUGUACAAAAUUUUUGGUAAAUUUUGGGUUAAACUGUUGAUCAGUAAUAAAUUAGUUGUAUCUUGCAAGUCCUCUAUACUUGUUAUUAUUUCACUUGUCACCGGUUUGCACGUAAACUCCACGUUGCAAUCGUCUGCUUGAAAGUGAAGUUAAACUGACAAACAUUGUUUUAACCCUUUCCUGAGCCGUGGGAAACAUGCUUCCCACUACAAUGAACUCGCUCCUAGUCCCGUGGGAUUCACAGUUCCCACCUCUGUACGGUGUUACCGCCUAGUGAACAGUAUAGGGUACUACUUCCUAUCGGAAGUUCCCGCCGUUGUUGCUGUACCUUCGCGCAGACGCAUUGUAUAGCUGAGUGUCGCUCUGUAGAGGAGCCUUUCAGUGCUGUUUGCGUGACAUUUUGUGAUUUUUUCCCUCAAACCUAUAGUAUAAGGUAAAUACUUUUGAUUUAGCCAAAUUUAUGAAGCAGCAGGUAAAAUUGGAACCAGGAGAAUUCCAGUUUGAAACAAAAGGAGCCAUUUCUGCAGCAAAAUGGACGGAUAACCAUCCAGUCACUUUCCUGUCCUCAAUUCAUGACCCAUGAGAAACAGCCACAGUGAAAAGGAAAAACAGAGAUUUCUUGUCCUGAUGUUGUGGAAGAAUACAACAAAAUAAUGGGUGGUGUCGAUAAGUUUGAUCAAUUACGAGAAAGGUAUGCUAUUGGCAGACAUUCUGUAAAAUGGUGGCACAGAAUAUUUUAUUUCCUGGUGGAUGUUGCUGCAGUGAACAGUUUUAUCCUGUGGAAAGUUAGUAAAAGAGGAAGUGUACAGCAUGAUCAGCUCACAUACAGGAUCCAUCUAGUCAGACAAUUGAUCGCUCGCUUCUCAUCCCAAAAAAGGCGUGGACAAAACCCUGUCUUUCUGGCAAAAAGGGGUAAAGUACCUGAAGAUUUUCGUCAUGUGGCUGUAGGGGAGCAUCAACCCAUUUUAAGAGAAACCUAAGCUGCGGAAAACAGCACUCGCUGUGUUUGUACAUACUGUCAAAUACCACUUUGCAUAGACCCAUGUUUCAGAAAAUUUCAUGGCAAGUAAUUGUGAACAAUCAUUGUAACAAGAGAAGUAAAUUUAUCAAACAAAUAUGACAUAUAUUGAAAAAGUUGUUUUUGUCAUUUAACUCCAUAGAAGGGCAGUGGGAAGAAUACUUUCCACCUUGUUGUGUGACAUCACUUUCACAGUUGGAGCAAAUUUGAUAUUCUGUAUGAUAAAUAUACCUAUCUGUUAACUACUAUCUGAUCUCCAUUCCUCAAAAAAACCUGCGCCCACGGAAGGGUUAACGUGUACGGCAUAUGCGUGGCUAGAUGAGAGCGAUUUUGUCAAACGAGUUUGAUCGUUUUGCGGGGGGCUUCAAGACAGGCUCGCCCACAGCGUGCAAAUACGACCGAACUUCCAGCCCGGCGCGGAGAAAGCCCGACGAGUAGCGCGCAAGGUCGAGGCCGAGCCGCCGAUGGCGCAGUCUGUUCCAGAAGGUCUGUUUCCGGACGACCGGCCGUGACGUCGCGGCUCGCAAUUGGACGGCUCGACUCGGCGACCGGGCGGGCCACUCUCUCGCCUAUAUAGAAGCUGGCGGAGCGGCGCGCGCGCGCCAGUGGCGGCAUGGCGUACUACCGACGCAACACGCUGCGCUGCGAGUUCGCGGGCGGCGCCGACCGGCCGACGGAGCGCGAGGUGCACCGCUGGGUGCGCACGCAGCUGCGCGUGCCCGACUGCGAGCUGAAGGCGCUGCAGCUGCACACCCAGCACGCCGUCGCCUUCCUCAAGCUGCGCUCGGACGCCGCCUUCCUGCAGCUGGCGGAGCGCCUCUGCGGCGGCGCCGCGCUGCAGCUGCAGUCGGGCAAGCUGACGCCCGUGCGCGUCUCCGUGGCCGACGACGACGGCGGCGUCGAGGUGCGCGUCUUCGACGUGCCGCUCGAGGUGCCGGACGCCGAGUUCCGGCGCGCGCUGGCGCCCUACGGCAAGGUGUGCCACGUGCGGCGCGAGGUGUCGGCGCCCGGAUGCGAGUACCGCGUCGCGACGGGCGUGCGCUCCCUGCGGCUGGUGCCUCUCGACGGCGCCGGCCCCGGCUGGGACCCGCCGCUGCAGCUGCCGGCGACGCUGGAGAUCGGCGGGCACUGGGGGGCGCUGCAGCUGAGCCGCGAGGCGUCGUGGUGCGCCACGUCGAGCCGCGAGGACGGCGCCUGCCGCGGCUGCGACGCCGGGUCGCCGGUGCGGCCGCCGCGCCGCUGCCCCAGGGACGUGGCGCUGGUGCGCGCCUUCCUGGCGCACAGCGGCGAGUGGCCGCCGCCCGAUGACGUCACCGGCGCCGCGCCCGCCGAGGAAGCCUGCCACCUGGAGCAGCGGCGCGCCGCGUAGCCGCCCGGCACUCUCUGCCCCGCAGGGCGGGAUACCGAACGGGUCGCCGCUACCGGCGCUCACUUCACUGCAAUCGCCCACAGCAGCGAAGAGGUCAGCAGAGCUGAUCGUCCAAUAUCAACCUGAGCCGUCUGUUCACCACACUCUUGCAGUAUCGUCUACGAUAUAACACCCGGCAUACCAGAGGGCGUUACCCGCACGAAACUGACUUAUCUUACAUGAUUCAGUUCGAUUGACACUAGACGUCGAACGGAACGGAGGGGAAUGUCACUUUCGAGUGGCGCUAUGUUCACGUCAGACGCACCGUCACUUACCUUAGCCCAUUCCUGACAGGUGUGAGCGAGUAUAUGAUAAUCCAUCCGUAUUAUACAGUGUCUGAAUAUAGUAUCAGGAUUUAGGCACUAGCACUGCAGGGGUUCUCAUUCUAAAAAGAACUGGUUUAGUUACUUUAGUGUUUUAUAAUGACACAGCAUAAUAUCGAAAAUCAUUUUCUUCAGACAGACAUGGUCGUGAAACAGAAUGAGAUUUUCACUCUACAGCGGAGUGUGCGCUGAUAUGAAACUCGAACUCGGGAUCCUUGCCUGAAGUUUGGAAAGUAGGAGACGAGGUACUGGCAGGGCGUGAGUCAUGCUUGGGUAGCUCAGAUGGUAGAGCAGUUGCCCGCGAAAGGCAAGGGUCCCGAGUUCGAGUCUCGGUCUGGCACACAGUUUUAAUCUGUCAGUAAGUUUCAUGGUCGUGAAAGCCUAUGAACGUAUGUUCCAUGCAGCUGAGAAAUAAAGGAACGUGAAAAAUGCCCUCUCUCCAAGCAUUUCAACAUUUGUUUUAACACGAAAAUGAAACAUACGACAAUGUCCAACAAUAUUUACAAGGCACCGCCAUUUCAUUCUUUUCUAUCCAAGUGCCAAAAAAGUUCAAAUAAACUGUACUUCUCUUCUA